CCAGGCUGGCUGAAGUCGUGAUUCUACGUCACCCCCACUUGGGUAGCAUUUCGGCAAACACUAGGUUGAGUAACUAUGGAGAACUUGUAGCGGAAGAUUAGAGCGGCCCGCUCUGAUUGAUAACCCUCUUUAUACUGUACCUAAGUCAGCUAACCACAUCCAUCACACCCUCUACAGAACUUCUUUUCUCUUUCGCUCCCCAUAUCUAUCAAUCAUAGAAUAUGGACAAGUGGAAUGACUUGAAAAAGAAGGGCUGGCACCCUGAGAAGGGUGGCACCGUGACUGGCCUGGGCCUGAGGAACAAGGCGAAAGGCAUGGCCGGUCGCGGCGACUCAUCGGCGGACUUAAAAGGUAGCGACCACGUCGCCGCCCCUCUAUCAUCCCUCCGCGACCCAGCCAGCUUCGCACCGCCGCCGAAGCGCGAUCCCACACAGCCUCUGCCCGCCUCUACCGGUCCAUAUGCGCCCGCGCCACCAACCUCCGCCAGGCCGACCCCUCAACCUCCCGCGCGGUCCGCCAGCACCGCAUCACAGCAACAGCUGGAAGGCGUGGCGGAACCGGCGCCCAGAUCCUCAAAGGGGUGGCAGCUCGACACCACGGGCCUCUCCACCUCCCACCUGCCACCACCGCCCGGACGGACGGGAACGCCGACAUCGACUGCGCCGCCUCCGGCAUACUCGCCUACCGCAUCUCGAGCUCCGGCCGCAAGAGGACCACCGCCGUCAUUACCACCCCGGCUGCCGCCCAGGUCUGGUACCAGCUCGCCCGUGCGGACGGGAUCUUCUGCGCCACCUCCCCGAGCCCCGGCGCAGACACACCUGGACACGCAAUCACGUGCAGAAAACGGAUAUCUGAACCAGGGCGCCAUGAACAGGUUGGGCGCCGCCGGUAUAUCCGUGUCCAGUCUGGGGAUAGGGGGUGGUGGUAAUACGAGCCCGCCGGCGGCAGCGGCCGCUCCCGCUCCGGCGCAAGGAACGACAUGGCAACAGAAGCAGGCUGCCCUGAGAACGGCCUCGCAGUUCCACAAAGACCCCUCGUCGAUUUCCUUUGCGGACGCCAAGACCGCGGCGGGCACGGCGAAUAACUUCCGGCAGAGGCACGGGGAGCAGGUUGCGGGUGGGCUGCGAACGGCGAACAGCCUGGGCCAGAGGUUUGGUAUCACAGAACAAGCAAAGGCAGGCGACAGCCCUGUGACGAGUCCCGGCGCUGGCACGGCUGGUGCCCAGCAACAGCCCGCAAGAGCAGUUUCGGUAGCCAGUCUGGCAUCAGCAAUAGGCAAGAAGAAGCCCCCUGCACCGCCACCUCCUAGAAAGAAGCCUGAGCUCGGUGGGAAUGCUGGAGCACCGCCGCCAGUACCAUUGAGUACGAGACCGACGUUUUAGAUUCCGUGCUUGACGCAAAUCUCAUGUCCAUGAUAUCUGGUCGACUUGGGGUCGCCUUGUUACGCGUUUGACGAAUUGCAUUUACAACAACUCUCAAAUAGCACCGGCCUGGCGUUGUGCAUGGGCACUAGGAUUUUGUAUGUUGAGCUCGACGAGUUCGCUCCUCUACGGUGGUGAUUGACAUCUCACCAUCGGUAACGCUACCCCUGGCGAA